AUGCGCUGGUCGUCUUGUCUCCAGUGGCUGCGCUCUCCCGCGCGCGAGUCGACGCCUCCGCCUGUUCAUUCGGCGAACGGCAAUGGCUCCAUCCCUUUGGUCACUGUAGAGCGGCCGGACGACGCGGCGCCGCUCAAAUGCACCUUUGAGCAUUUAUCCGCUUCAGAGGUGGAUGCGCGCCUGCGAUCCCUUGCGCAUCCGGAAACUGUCGCGUUUGACGCGCAUCGAGCCGCCCGAGCAGACGCCGUCACUUUCCAGCCAUGCUCAUCUGCUCUAUCACAAGACCGCUAUGUGAUGAGACAGCUGGAGGUCCACGGACAAAGGUGGUCUUUCACUGCCGUAUUCGACGGACAUCUUGGAGAUGCGACGGUCGCGCACACCGCAUAUCAUCUUCCGAUCAUCGUAACAGAGCAUCUGGAGAAACGUCUUUCUGCGGCGGACUGCUCUUCCGGCGCUGCUGUUCUGGAUCCUGAAACUGUUCGCGGUAUACUCUCGGUGGCAAUUACUUCUUUCGAUGAGGCUAUAGCUGGCGACGUGCUUGCUCUUUUCCCCGGUGGCCUGGAGUCACUUUCUUCGCGCACUGAUGAGGAGAUCGCUACUAUUAUCAACGACUUUGAGGGUUCCGGAGAGAAUUACAAAAAGGCCAAGCUGUGCAUGUAUGGGACGACCGCCCUUGUCGCUCUAGUUGACCCCAGCCAUGAGAAUCUUUGGGUCGCUAGUCUGGGCGACUGUGAAGCGGCUCUGGCGACGCCACAAUCUAGUGGCGGCUGGCGCUGUGAACUCUUAAAUGAGAUUCACAAUGCGCAGAACACCGCCGAAGUCGAACGUGUCCGCCGUGAACACCCGGGCGAACCCGAGAGCGUUCUCAAUGAGCGCGUCUUGGGGACCAUUGCCCCCUUCAGAUGUAUUGGCGAUACUCCUUUCAAAAUGCCCGCUGUCUUCACCCGUCGGAUACUGUACAACUUAUACCCCGGCGUGCCCGACCCUACCCCUUGGGAGUUAUUCUUAUCCCGCAACCACACCCCACCGUAUAUUUCUGCCGUGCCCGAGGUUAUCCAUCGACGGCUGUUGCCGACAACAAAUUCCAACAACACUUCUUCCCCUCGGCCAUUCCUCAUCCUAGCGACAGACGGCCUGCGCGAGCUUUACGACGGCUUGGAGCGAAAAGAGGCUGCGCAGCACUGGGUUGACGUCGCAGCGGAGGCCUUCGGCGACGUCAAGUCGCCAAACGCUAAUGUUGACAACAUGGCGUUGCGCGUUCUUCGCGCCGCGCUUGGCGGCGACGAUCUCGAAGCCGUAUCUCAGAUGAUUACGCUCGAGAUGGAGUCGCCCUGGAUUGACGAUACGACGGUUGUCGUCCGAGUUCUCUGA